CUAAUGCCAACUCAGUAAGAAACCUGUUGCGUUGUUGACAAGUCUUGUCUUUUGGUUGGCACACUAUGGAUGACGCGGGAAUGGCUCGGACAUGGGUAGAAAACUCGUAUUACUAUAUUUACUAUGUACAAUAUUUUAUCUGGAGGUUGGGAACGCACGUUUGUGGAUUCUUUACCAAACAAUCAACGCCACUCAAGGAUAUUUCCAUGUCGUCGAACGCUCUUCAAAGACAUCGGAAUUGUUCUACUCUGCCAUUUUUAUCCACACUUACGACAAAUACAUCACCAAUAAGACUGUUUGUUUAGUUUCGACCUAUCUCCGGACCGAGUUUCUCACCAGAUUCUUUACUCUGAAUUGAGUCUUUGAGCGUCCAAAGUGCAACCUGGGAAGCUGGUGUAUUGUGAGAGGGUACUUACUGUCGUCGAGAGCGAACAUAAGGAGAGGAUAUACAACAAACCAACCAACACCUUUCACAAUGAUCUUGAGGUUAAGAACGGCAGUUCUGGCAGUGGCGUCCCUUAGCGGACUGGCGUUAUCCCAGACAUGGUCUUCCUGCAAUCCCUUGCAUACAACAACAUGCCCGGCCGACCCAGCUCUAGGCAUGACCAUCAACGUUGACUUCACCAAGGGAUCCGUCAACUCGUUCGCCCCGAGCGGCGGCAACCCGACCUACGGCAGCGACGGCGUGACCUUUACCGUCGCCAAGAGCGGCGACAGCCCUCAGCUCAUCAGCCAGUUCUACAUCAUGUUUGGGCGGGUCGAGAUCGUGAUGAAGGCGGCGCCGGGUAAGGGCAUCGUCAGCACGCUGGUGCUGCAGUCAGACACGCUCGACGAGAUCGACCUUGAGUGGCUGGGCGCCGACGGCAGCGAGGUGCAGUCCAACUAUUUCGGCAAGGGCCAGACCACCAGCUACAACCGGGGCCAGUUCCACUCCAACCCGGGGAACCAGGACGGUUUCCACAAGUACGUCGUCGACUGGACCGACGAGCGUAUCGUCUGGCUCAUCGACGGCACCGCCGUCCGCACCCUGCGCGCCUCCGACGCCGAAACCAACCAGUACCCCCAGACCCCCAUGCAGAUCAAGUUCGGCGCCUGGUCCGGCGGCGACUCGUCCCUGCCCCAGGGUACCAUCGAUUGGGCCCGUGGUCCCACCGACUACAGCAAGGGGCCCUUCUCCAUGAAGGUAAAGUCCAUCAUGGUGGCCGACUACUCGACCGGCAAGCAGUACAAGUACGGCGACACGAGCGGCUCCUGGAAGAGCAUCAAGGCCGUCGACGGCGAGGUCAAUGGUAACGAGGGCAAGGCCGGAAGCCCCACCAUCACCGCCACCUCCCUGGCUUCGAGCUCGCUGUCCCCGAGCGUCCCCGCAGGAAUCGGCGCCAAUGCUAGCCCUGCGCCCCGUGUCACUGGCGCUCUCCCAGACGGCUGGGUCAUGAGACCCAACGGAAAGAUUGUGCCAAUCGGCAACGCUGUACACAAUCGUCCCAGCCUAACGUUGGCACUCGGCCCGCUUGCCCUUUCUCUUCUCCUGGCUGCUAUGAUGAUGUAAACAACGUGUGCCCUUGAGAGGUGUCAUUUUUCUGACUUCUCGGCAUGCAUUCUGAUUUACGCCUUGUAUUUUCCCUCCCAUUUUUUUCCCUUCUUUUUUUGCUUUUUUCUAAUGAUCUGCAUUAUCUCGGGCGUUUGCAUCGGCGGGGAGCGGCGGUUUUAAACUGCAUCUAAAGCGGGCUUAUAUCAGCGCCAUGCUUUUAAUCUCCAUGUAUAGAAUCUGGUUUUUUCUUCUUCUUUUUUUGGAUCCUUUGCAUGAGGUUGUUAUCAACCUCGAGGAUAUUCAUCAUGAUAUAGCAC